GGUGGUUUUGGCGGUGCUGCUGCCGCCGCUGCGGGCCGCGGGCGGGCCGGAGGUGCGCAGCCUGCGCGGGAGCUGGUGGCUGCGCAACGCGAACGGCUCGGUGUCGCUGCGAGGGGAGGUGCCGGGCUGCGCGCACACCGCCCUGCACCGCGGCGGCCACCUCCAGGAUCCAUACUAUAGAUUUAAUGAUGUGAUGUACAGAUGGAUCUCACUGGAUAACUGGACUUACAGCAGGACAUUCAAAACUCCUUUUGACAUCAGAAAGUGGCAAAAAGUGAAUUUGGUUUUUGAGGGAGUGGAUACAGUAGCACAAAUCCUGAUCAACAAUGUCACUGUUGGCAGAACAGACAACAUGUUCAACAGAUAUAGCUUUGAUAUUACCAACAUUAUUAAGGAGGUCAAUUUUGUUGAAGUCCGUUUCUUAUCAGCCAUUUCAUAUGCAGCAGAGCAGAGCAGAUACCACAAAACAUACAGCAUCCCCCCGGCAUGUCCUCCGGCUGUGCAGAAAGGAGAGUGCCAUGCUAAUUUCAUCAGAAAGGAGCAGUGUUCCUUUAGUUGGGACUGGGGCCCUUCUUUUCCCACUCAAGGAAUCUGGAAAGAUGUUAGGAUUGAGGCCUAUAACCAUUAUCAUCUGAUUUACUUCACUUUGACUCCCUUCUUUGUAAGGAGUGCUCAGCAGUGGAGUCUUAAAAUUGAAUCUAUCUUUGAUGUAGUCAGCUCCAAGCCAAUUUCAGGUGUUGUGACUGUGAACAUUCCCAAGUUGCAAACGCAGCAAACAUACAGUGUGAAGCUUCAACCUGGAGAAGGCAGCAUUGUGCUGCUUGUAAACAUUAACAAGAGUGCUACAGUAGAGACUUGGUGGCCAAAUGGACAUGGAAAACAAACUGGAUACGAUGUGAUGACAGUUUUCAUCAUGGAGGCAGGAUACAAGGUGGAGAAAUUUUCAAAGGCCUAUUUUCGGACAGUAGAACUUGUUCAGGAGCCUAUUCCUGGGUCACCGGGUCUCAGUUUCUACUUCAGAAUCAAUGGCCGACCCAUCUUCUUCAAGGGCUCGAACUGGAUACCAGCAGAUUCUUUCCAAGACAGAGUGACCUAUGACAAAUUAAGGCUACUCUUGAAGUCUGCAGCAGAUGCUAACAUGAAUGCACUCCGGGUCUGGGGAGGAGGCAUAUACGAGCAAGAUGGAUUUUAUGAUAUUUGCGAUGAGCUUGGAAUAAUGAUUUGGCAAGAUUUUAUGUUUGCGUGUGCACUAUAUCCAGCUGAUCAGAAUUACUUGGAAUCAGUAAGAGCAGAAGUUACUCAUCAGAUAAGACGGUUGAAAUCCCAUCCAUCAAUUAUUUUGUGGAGUGGCAACAAUGAAAAUGAAGCAGCAAUUGCAAACAACUGGUUCUCCAUACCUUAUGCUGAGAGAGAAGUCUAUAUCGGUGAUUAUGUGAUGCUUUAUGUGAAGAACAUCCGAGAAAUAGUUCUUGCAGAAGAUAAGAGUCGUCCUUUUAUUGCAUCCAGUCCCACAAAUGGCUUGGAGUCGGUCAAAGAAGGCUGGCUCUCCCAAAAUCCUUACGAUACCCAUUAUGGUGACACUCACUUUUAUGACUACAGCAGUGAUUGCUGGAACUGGACAUUAUAUCCUAAAACUCGUUUUGCAUCAGAAUAUGGAUUUCAGUCCUGGCCUUCCUUCAGUACACUGGAAAAGGUUUCUUCUGCAGAGGACUGGUCCUAUACAAGCAAUUUUUCUCUCCAUCGACAGCACCAUGAAAAUGGCAAUGACGAAAUGAUUCAACAGAUUGAACAUCAUUUCAGGCUUCCCCAGAGCGCAGAUCCCAUUAAAAAGUUCAAAGAUAUGAUUUACCUGACUCAGGUGAUGCAGGCCCAGUGUAUAAAGACAGAAACUGAAUUCUAUCGUUCUAGUCAAAGUGAGAUAAUCAAGGGAGAAGGACACACAAUGGGAGCGCUGUAUUGGCAGCUCAAUGACAUCUGGCAGGCACCUUCGUGGGCUUCCUUGGAGUAUGGUGGUAAGUGGAAACUGCUCCAUUAUUUUGCCCAGAACUUCUUUGCACCACUGCUGCCUGUGGCUUAUGAAGAUGGAGGUUUGUUGUACAUCUAUGGAGUCUCAGAUCUUCACACAGACCAUCAGCUGACACUCAGGGUCACUGUGCACACAUGGAGUUCUCUGGAGCCGGUAUGCACCCUUGUCAAAGACAACAUGACCAUUAAAGCACAAAGUGCUGUUCCCAUCUACAAGGAGCGCAUAAACAAUCUGCUGAGAAGAUGCAGAAACUGUUCCAGAAAAAGCUGUGUGGUUACUUUUUACCUUAUGGGAGAAGGUGGGCUCCAGAGUCCUAUGAACCAUCACUUCCUGUCAUCACUAAAGGAUGCUGUAGGACUGGAAAAGGCUCAGCUUAAUGCCACUAUAUCCCAACAAGACAGCAUUUAUAUAUUUGAUCUUCAUACCACUGCAAUUGCUCCUUUUGUUUCUCUCGAUGUAGGGAGUGUAAAAGGCAGAUUUAAUGAAAAUGGUUUUCUCAUGACCAAAAAGAGGAAACUGGUUGUGUUCUACCCUUGGGAGCCUACCACUGUUGAAGAAUUAGAAAAAUCUCUCAGCUUGACCUCUCUGAUGGACGUCAUCUGAGGACACUUCAGUUUCUUCUAGACAGGAGUGAAAUAGUCAUAUUCUUCUGAAUUUUUCCUCCUCUUAAAAAGUUUCCGAUGAAAGAGAUGAGAUGACUGGAGAGUGUAUUGUCCGUUCCUGUCGUGUGAAUUUUAACUGGUCUUUCAUUGUAAAGAUAAUCAGCAGCAAUGUUAUAUGUAAUGCAUUGAAAGUAAAGCUUUCUCAGGUAACUGGAAAAGUAUAUCCCAGAUAUAAACUAGGAGGGGUGGGUUAGUGUACAAGAGCUAGCUUGAGACCUCCAAUUCACUUCAGAUUCUUAUGAUUUACUGGGUUGUGGAUUUAUCCCAAGUAAGAGGCUACACAAAUGUGUACCCCCAGACUACGGUCUCAAGAAUCCAUAUUGUUUCCCUGUUCCACUUUAAGUGAAAAAUUACCUGUUAGAAUACUGCAAGGGGCACCCUGAGGUGGGGGGAAGGACAGGGAGUAAAGCUCUGGCCACUUCCAUGGGCAUGCCAAAGGAGCGAGGUGGUUCCCUUCUGUACCCUGUUCCCAGCUGGACCGGCUUGAUCUCUCUAGAUUUGGGUGUAGACAGCGGUAGUCCUACACCACUCACAUCUGUUACUCCGUGAAGGUGUACUGAAGGUGUACUGACUGCCUCCUGCAAGGUAGGUGCUCCAAGUAGACCUAAAACCUGGACUGUUCAGUCAAGUAUCAGGCAGGUCCCUCCUACCUUUCAGAAGGGGAAAUGAGUAUUUGAGCGUUAGACUUGUUUUCUUCUCUUCUUUUUCAUACAAAAUUGAGCAAAAACCUUGAGAGUUCUGCACCUAGCUCUGUUGCUCCCAGAGAGCUGCAGAUGCAGUCCCAAACCCUUCGGUGCCAUGUGGGUCCUGCGUGAUGUGGCACAGUACAGGAUGUGGCAGGCUGUGGGAUAGGGAACAGGAGGAGGUUUGGGCAAGGGUGCAGAGAGAAAGAAGGCAGCGCAGAGUAGAGUGGCUGCCUGAGAGGGCCACGGAGUGACGAGUGAAGUGGCUGCCUUUUUCUUCAGUAGAGGGACGGUGCAGGAGCUGGUCUUCUCACUCGAACACUGCAGUGCAGCUGUUCCGUCACCUUGUGGCAUUCCUUGUGGGUGGCCCCGUGACCCGCACUGCUGCUCCCCUCUUUCCAGAGGAGUGCUUCUGAUUAGCCCAGCUCAGUUUAUGAAGCAGAUAAUGUUGUAACCCUCUCCUUUUAUUUUGUUCCUUUUUUUUUUCCUUGCAUUAUGUUUCAAAAUACGAAGUGGACAUGAACAAAGGAAAACCCCAGACUCCUAAUUUUGCCUUUUGGAGGAGGGGGAGAGCCUCAAGAAAGACACUGACUUGUGAAUAGAUUUGGUGGCACACAGAGCUUUCUGUCCAUAGGAAGCAUUUCUGCUUCAUAUUUUAUUCUGUUUCUGAAUAAGUUGUUGUUGAAAUGUUUAGGUUUCCCAUGGAAACGUUUUACUUUGUCAUUUUAUAUGAAGAAAAUAGAUUUGCGUCAGAGUUGGAGGCUGCAGUGGCCUACAGAGCUGCGUCUUGAGUGUCUGGCCAUCAGGAUCCCAGUGGCUCGAAGUGCAGGUGACUGAGCUGAGCAGCUUUUAAGGAUCAGACUUGUUUUCAGAUACGUUUUGAAACAUGCGCCUUACAGCAGGAGAUCUGAACCAGUUUUACGCUGUUGUCCACCCUUCUGGAGUUCACGUGGGCAGAGUAGCUGCACGUCCUAUUAGGUGAAUUGGAGAGCUUUCAUCUGAAAGUUGCCUAAUUGCAGUGACCGCAGUUUUAAUGGGCAAACAGAUGGACACGUUGACUGAUGCUUGGUGAUUUGCAGUGCUUUUUGAAUGGGUCAUUAACUCAAAGCUGAAAUACGCCUGAGCAAGAGGAAAAACUUGAAGUAGGAAUGAUAAAUGCAAGCUGCUUACAAGUGCUUUCUUUGGGGACCAAAGCAACUAACUGCUGUUACAUAAAAGGGCUUUGCUGAUUCUAAAGUUGUCCUACUUAAAAUCUUAAGGUAAUCAAAAUAUGUAUGGAUAUGUUCCAGUAUUUAUAUGAGACACAUACGGAAGUGAUAGCAGUGAAGAAGAUUUAUCAAUGUCUGCAUUUUCUAACGGUUAAAAGAAGUUAAAAGUUACCUGGGUGGCAUCCUAGGCCAACAACAAAAUAAGAACAGUCCUUCAGUUCUUUCAGUGUCCUGGAAUGAAGGUGAAUCAAGGCAGCAAAAAAGUCAAUAUAAGACAAAGACAGGAAUGCAACUGUGAGGAGAUGUUCAGGGCAUUCAUCACUCGCGUCUGUGCAGCCAGCUAUAGUGGUUCGAGCGCUGCUGCAGCUGCUCGACUGCCGCUCUACUGUCGGUUGUGCCUGAUGAUCUGCGGAUCAGCAGCAGGAAGAUUAGGAAAAGCAUUUGGUUUGGCUUGGAACCCAUUCUGGACCUGCAAAGAUCAUCUGGAGCUGGGGACAGCUCCCCUGGCUGGUGCGUCCUGCUGCACCCGGCAGACUCGCUCCAACUUACCACAAGCGCUUCUCUGAAGGUGUUCCAGCUCUUCAAAGCAGGAGCAUGUGACUGUACCUGAAACUCUCUCUAAUCCCAUCGAGGCAAAGGAGACUUGCUGCAGCAUGAUGGGAAACAAAGACCCCGAGGACACGUCAGGAGAAAGGUGGAGCUGUUACUGAGGACUGAGGUGAGCCAAGAGCAUUGGUCCAUCACGUCUCCACCUUUGCAUCAGGAACGCUGGCUGCAAGUGAGUGAUAAUGGUACAGCUCUGCUCAUUGCGCUUCGCCAUGGAAUCGAACGCCGAUUCUGCAGUCUCGCAAUCAGCUCUGGAAUGGUACCACCAGAAACCUAAGCGAGAGAGAAGACGAUGUGAAGAUGGUCAUCCUGCAGGCAGGCCUGCCAAGACGGAAGAGAGACGCUGUCUCGCUGUGCGGGAGAACAAUGUUCUCCACAUGCCCACUUGUCCUUUAAAACUUGUUAACGCCACAUUACCUCGUAGUUAUCUAGCAGGGUUUUUGAUGGGAAAGGGCUCAACCUGAAGGCGUUGUUAAGUAUGCCAAGACCCAGUUUUUGUGCUAGGGUAGACCAGUUUUUGUUUGGAUCAGGUGCUUCUAACAGUUUGUAAAGCUGCAUUUUGGAGCUUUCAUUCAGCGCUCUCAUAUGUCCUAGGGAACAGAGAAAGAGGAUAGCUUAUUAUUUAUACAAAUCAUGCCCCAGUUCAUCUCUAAGUAGAAACAAAACCAUAUUAGAGAGAUAUCUAUUUUAGUGUCCAUCAAUCACAGAAUUUACUGUUAUGUAACUGUAAAAGUGUACUACUUUGUGUCUUUGUGACCUACCUCUAAACAGAAUCAUGCUCCUUUUAUGAAUGUGUGGACUUUUUCCCCCUCCCCCUCUCAUAAUUCAGUUACAAGCUUACUGCAGAGCAACAGUUUCUUCUGCAAGUACAAUUUCAGUACUCAGCUGUUAAUAACUCAGAGGGUUAUUGUCUGAGCUUCUUUAUACAUGUUACCUUGUGUCAGUAAGUCCUCCGAAACCACUGCUGGCUCAUAGGGUUUGCCAUUUAGUAUGUCAUACACCUAAAAGAAUUCAGUAAAAUGAAUAUUUAGAAAAAGCCUGGUUGUUAUUUAUUAUUUUUGAAAAGCCUCAGUAGUGGUGUCCAAAACUAUGGUUUCAUCUGUAAAUAGGCAAUUUUUCUGUCUCAGGAUCAGUGUGACUAAAGGCACUGCAGAAGACCUGUCCAGAGCUCGAGGGAGAAACCUUGAGAACUUAAUCUCCCCUGCCGUUUAGCUACGUUACCUGGCAAAUGAUGUGUUUUCAAAGUGUAGAGGAAAUCUUUGCAGUAAAUGAAAUCUGGCCGUCUAAGCAGGCGUCAACAAGUAAUUUAAAACAAAGCACUGUUUAGAUUUUCACCUAAGGCCCUACUUCCCAGCCCUGCUCCCCAUGAUCAGAGAUGCUGACUGCUUGUGCCGUAUGCUCCAAUAAAACGAGCUGCACGCAUUCAGAUACUAAAGCAUCUAUGUGUAGGGAAAGCGUGCUUUAGUGUCCUAGCCAAAGCAUCUAAUUCUGAAGAACAUGCAGCAAAGAAGCCUGCUGCAGGUGUCUCGCCCUGAAUAUAUACACCAUCCAAUCAGCUAAGUAUUUCCCCCUCGUGAAGACUCUGAUGCAACUAUCAUUAAAUAAGUGCCGGGUGAUUCCUGUCUUGAUUCAAGCAGUCUGUUAGGUGGAACUUUGUGCUAAUGCUGUUUUAGGAUUUUUGGUAGCUUGUUUAGUUUAUUUUUUGCUGGCAUUUUAGGAGCUCUGGUAAACUUGUCACCACUGAAAUAAUUACGGACCAUGAAAUAAGUUCACUAAGAGCUGAAGCAUCAUUUAGUAUUCAAAAAAAAAAAAAAAGGAAAGAAAGAAAGAAGAAGAUGCAGACCGCAUACCCGCAUACCUCACAGUUGGUUGCCAUAUCCAGUGGUGUUGUUCCAGGCACAAUUCCUUCAUCAUCAUCUUUUACAUCCUCUAGAUCAAACAGUGGCUCAAAAUUUUCAAUAUGAGGAUUUGCACCUGCAAAAUGAGCAUUGAUUAAAAAAAAAAAUACCCCAAAAAGGUUUUGGUUUGCUUUUUGGCAACAUUUAAAAUAUACAUCCUAAAUUUUGAAUGGCAAAUGCUUUACUAACACUUAAGCUAGACUUUUAUAUUAACAAAUCGAUUUUUUAUUCUUUUUGUAUCCACUAAAACUUUAACUGCUGUCAUGCCCCUGUAUAAGGCUGUCUCUAUUAUACAGAUGGAAAACAUAAAAAGCAGAGAGUUAAGCGCCAAAGAACUAUGCUUACAUAUAAAACUGGCUUUCAAUCCCAUUCUUGUCUCAGACAGAGCAUGUAUGAUGAAGUGACAGGGUGAUGCUUAUUUUCUUUAGUGUCAGAGAAAGUGUGAGUAUUAUAGAAAGCCAAGCCUCCCAUUGGCUUUAGAUUUCAAAAGCCAAGAAACCAGGUAUAAUGCAUCUAAAUAGAACUGGAAAGGAUGCUCCAAUAAAUACUCAAAACUUACUCUGUUGCAACAGUGAAAUGAAAUAGGAGACAUCAUUAAGAUAUUUCAGUAAUGUUUUCCUUUGUUUUUAAAGUAGUCUGACACUUGUCUCAACUGUAUCAGAAGGUCUCUUCUCUGCUUCUUUAGAUACAAGAAUUUAUUUAGAAGUUUGAUUUCUUUUUUUUAUAAGGAAGUACUAGAGAGAUCUGUUUCUUGACUAACACAAUUUGUUUCGUAGCCUUUAGAUGGUGCUAAAGAGUAGCACUGCCUCUGAAGUGAGACUUCUGACUAGAAACAAACCUUAACCUUUGAUUUCUUCUGCUUGUUAAGUUAGUUCACUGGCACAUUCCUUUCUGUGCACAACUUUCUAAUCUGAAUUCUCACUGUAAAAUAAAACUCCCCAGAAAAAUACAUAUUUUCAUACCUGCUGCUUUGAGAAGUGCUGCCAGUUUUGUAGAGCCCCUUCCGGCUGCUAUGUGAAGAGGAGUUGUUCCAUCAUAUGUAGUGCUGUCCACAUCUGCAUCGCCCUAAGUUUUUAUUGAAAGAGAGAGUGAGCUACUUGUGUAUACAGUGCGGCUGUAGAAACUUGUCUGCUUGAACAUUGUUACUGUGCAAAUACGCACCAUUCCGUGCCUGCACGCGUAAUCUUUCUGAUCAUUGCUUGAAAAGAAGGAAUUAGAAAGUAACUACAAUUGUCUGCUUGCAGGAACAGAUGAUGGUUUUGUGCUCCAGUAUUACAGCAGGAGACAUAGCCUAAAAACCCAAGUAGGGUGAGCCAAAUGCAAUGCAGUUCGUCCAGAUUUCUGUUCCUGAGCAUUGACAUUAACUCCAGCAGCAAUCAGCUGUCUGAGACAGGACACGCUAUUUGCUAUCACCACCAUGUGAAUUGCACUGAGACCUACAGCAAAAUAAAACCCACCCGUCACAUGUGUUAAUAUAUCUGAAAAAUUCAGAAAUAUCAGAGUGACAAUUUUUUUAAGUAGCUACAUCUAUAAGAAAGACUAUGUAAGAUGACUGAAAGUUACUGUAGUUAUCGUCUGAGCAUGCCAUUUAUUUUGCCUGGCUGUGCAUUGAAAGAUAGUAUUAAUAAAAAUGCUCUUUGUACAUAAA